AUGGAGGGCGGCCGGCACACCGUGAGCAUCUCCCUGAUGCCCUGCAACCCCGAGCGGGGCGAGCCCGCGGCCCUCGACGGUGGCGCCUGGGGGGCCGCGCGGGGCCUGGGCACCCUCGAGCCACCCCACGACUUCGUGCUCUGGUCCUUCUUCAACACCGUCUUCUGCAACCCCUGCUGCCUCGGCUUCCUGGCACUCGUCUUCUCCAUCAAGGCAAGAGACCGCAAACUUCUGGGUGACAUGAGUGGUGCAGACAGCUAUGGCAAGACUGCCAAGUACCUGAACAUCACCAUCCUGGUGCUGAUCAUUCUGGCCCUUGUGUCCACCAUUCUACUUAUCAUGAAUGUCUAGGUGAACUUCCGCUGGUACAAACCAAAUUCCACCUGGAACCACAGCUACAGCAUCGAGGUCAGCACACAGCUUCACUUUCCUAGCUUCACGGCUGCUCGCCCUCCUGUUGCAUUCCUAGGAAUGAAGGUGGAAAGUGACUGUGCUGAUAAAGGGGCCAGUACUCUCCUGGUGGCUCCAGUGCAUUCCUGGAGUCUCAGGCCCCAUCUCCUGACAUAGCCUGCACAAAAGUCCUUGCAGCAUCCUGAUGCCCUUUCCCUGGAGCAGCCAGCACCGUGGAGAUGGAUGUCUGCAGCCACUUUCUCUUAUGCUACUAGCCAACUGCCUAGUCUCCAAAGCCUUCUGAGAGCUUGCUGCUUGCCAUUGGGAAAGAGCCAUGUUCCUCUGCUUAUGAUACUCUAUUUUGUUAUCUUGAGAGAUU